GAACCUUUUAUCGCGUCUUCACAACUACACGGAUGUUUGAGUGUGUUGCAUCCAAACCGGAAGUGCGUCUCUGCUGUGACCUGCUCAAUGUUUUCAGUUUUCAUCCGAAAAAUGGAUGUUUAGCCCCUAAAAAGAGUCAUGUUUACCCUAAAAGCACUGCAGAAAAACAAAACGAUUAAAUAUGGAGUCCCCAUGAUGCUGCUCAUAGUCGGAGGUUCGUUUGGCCUAAGAGAGUUCACACAAAUCAGAUAUGACUUCCAGAAGAUCCGGAGAAAGCUGGAUCCGUCUCUGGAGGCCAAAGUGAACGUGGAACGGCAGCCGGUCAUCCUGGAGGAGGAGUACGAGAAAAUAAAGAAGGUGAAUCUGGAAGAGUGGAGGAACAUCCGCGGGCCUCGACCCUGGGAGGACUCAAGGGAAUACCAGGAGCAGCAGAGGAGCGUGCUGGAUGAAAAACCCUGAGGAUAGGAGGAGAUGGACUCCACUUGUGUUGGAGUUACAGUCUGUUGAUGCUUGGAAUGAUUGCAGUUCAUUCUGCAGGUUCAAAUGACACCACAUGAGCCCAGAAGCCUUGAAAAUGUAAAGAGUGGUGCGGGAAUGAGUCAGCAUUUUAGCCCUUCCUGUCCCCUGGUGUGGAAGUCAAUGGUUUACUGAAUGUGUUUUUGGUUGUUAUCCUGUCUGUGGUUGACACACUGAAGAGAUUUUUAGUCUAGGACAAAAGUAAAUACCCCUCUUUAAUGCAAUAGUUCAAUGGAGACAUCCCAUUGGCCCAGGGAGAUGGUGCCUUCAGGGUCCAACACCGAAACUCCUGCACCACUGUGUAAAAACAACCUCAAGGGUCCUGCACUUUCCACGCAGGAGGCAAACUGAAUAUGUGUGUGUGAAUAAAUGAUAUUGUAUUGA